CCAUAUUCCAAACGAUAUCAGUACUUGGUGAGACAUGUUCGGAGGAAGAUUGAAUGGCUGGGUUAAGAAUGGAGUUCCGUUUGCUGUCCAUGCUUUGGGUACUGGCUGAAGGGGCGACUCUCUGUGGUCAGGAUGAUCAGUGCUUGGAUGGGACCCACGGCUGUGACCCUGUGCUGGCCAAGUGUGUGAGCGUGCCACCCGUCACUCAGGAGAGCCCUGGAUACCAUUGUUCCUGCAUCUUGGGAUACGCAGGCAGUGGACGAGAAGGAGACUGUCAAGAUGUGGAUGAAUGUGCGCAGGGCAAUGGCGGCUGCUCCCAGCGCUGUGUGAACACUGUGGGCAGUUACCGGUGCGACUGCCACCUAGGCUACACCUUGAGUCCCGACAACAGAACCACAUGUACAGACAUCAAUGAAUGCCUAAGGAAUCCUUGCAAUUCCGUGACCACAUGCGCAAACGUUCCAGGGGGUUACAGAUGUGACUGCAGGGCGGGCUUUGAGUACAGAGGCAACAUCUGCAAAGAUGUCAAUGAAUGCCGAAGUUCUCCAUGCAAACCACAAGAGCAAUGUUUGAAUACAGUGGGGAGCUACUUCUGUGUGUGCCUGGAUGGUAACUGCACAGAUGUGGAUGAAUGUGCUCAGAGCAAUGGCGGCUGCUCCCAGCGCUGUGUGAACACUGUGGGCAGUUACCGGUGUGACUGCCACACAGGCUACACCUUGAGUCCCGACAACAGAACAACAUGCACAGAUGUGGAUGAAUGUGCGCAGGGCAAUGGUGGAUGUUCCCAGCGCUGUGUCAACCAAUUGGGCAGUUACCGGUGUCUUUGUCACCAUGGCUACAUCUUGAGCCGUGGAAGCAGAACAUCCUGCAUCGGUAUGACAUUUCACAAUUUACUGCUGCCAAUUGCGAUUAAGUCUCUUCUCCCGAAUCAUAAGAUCAUAAGGGACUGAGGCGUGACCUUCAUAACCGAUCUAUUCAUGUCU